CGUGUUUCCACUAACAGACCAGGAGAAUGCUGCAGCUCAGACCUGACUGACACACAUGAAUCAAUGUUCAAUCCAGAGGCACAGGUGAGGCAGCCUGCUUCCUUGAUUGACUUUGAGUUCAGCAAACACAGUGUAACCAGGGGAGAGUCGUGAAGCUCCUUUGUGUUCAGCCUGUGACCUGCUGACUCUGAUUCCUACAUGGAAGCAAAGGAAACCGUGCUGUGACACCUGUACGAAGAAUUAUAAUUAUUAUACGCCUGGACAAAUUAUCGACCACUAAGAGGGUUCACGGGUCCUGUAAAAGCAUGAAGGUGCAACUGCUCCUGCCGCUGGCUGCAGCCGUAUCUGUCAUUACGGUGGGGUUGAUGCAAAUGCGGAAAAAGGAUAGCGCCAAGGAGGAGAGAAGGAACAGGUUUCAGGAGAUCAAACUGCGGGUGACCUACGAUGUGCUGAGAGAGUACCAGAACGACAAGACAGCGAAGCAGCACGAGCUUGAGACUGCUGAAACAGACAGCAAAACACUGGAGGGAGAAGUAAACCAGCUCCAGUCAAAAGCAGACGUAGCUAAGGGAGAGUCGGACACCUGUCUCACCAGCAAGACAUCUGAAAAGGACGUUCUGAAUUUGGUCGAGAAAGAACUGAGUGAUGUCAAAGCUUCCACAGAGAAGGAAAGAAUCAACUGGCUGACUGAGAGUGAAACUCUGCAAAAGCAACUAGCAGACCGGAGUGCAGUAUGUAACUUUUUGAAACCAGAAGCUGAAGCAGCGAGAAAACUGUGUGGGGGUGAAGCUAAACCAGAAGAAGCAAAGGCAGAAGCCCCUAAACCAGAAGAGGCUAAAGCAGAGGCCCCGAAACCAGAAGAGGCUAAAGCAGAGGCCCCUAAACCAGAAGAGGCUAAAGCAGAGGCGCCUAAACCAGAAGAGGCUAAAGCAGAGGCCCCUAAAGCAGAGGCCCCUAAAGCAGAGGCGCCUAAAGAGGAGGCCAAACCAGAAGAAGCUAAAGCAGAGGCCCCGAAACCAGAGGAGGCUAAAGCAGAGGCCCCUAAAGCAGAGGUCCCUAAACCAGAAGAGGCUAAAGCAGAGGCGCCUAAACCAGAAGAGGCUAAAGCAGAGGCCCCUAAAGCAGAGGUCCCUAAACCAGAAGAGGCUAAAGCAGAGGCGCCUAAACCAGAAGAGGCUAAAGCAGAGGCUCCUAAAGUAGAGGCUAAAGCAGAGGAGCCUAAACCAGAAGAGGCUAAAGCAGAGGCUCCUAAAGUAGAGGCUAAAGCAGAGGCGCCUAAGAAAAGAUGAAGUACUACAACAUAUGUGUCCCACUUUGCAAAACUUAAUUUGUAAAAACAAAAAAAAAUUUGGUACACUACCAGGGUCCAACACUUUUACUUGGUCGAUGUCACGUGUUACAUGCACUGUAGGAGCCAUAAAAAGUAGUGCUCUGCAUAUUUUGCUGUUGUUGUAUCAAAUAUUUCAUUGCAAUUUGUUAUUUAUACUUAUGCUGAAAAUGAAAAAGACCAAAGAUACAUUUUGAUGUGGGUUGCAUGUUUUUUGUUUGCUUUUAUGUGUGUAUACAUGUUGGUAUACAGUGCUUUAUAACAAAAAACGUUGUGUCCCGAUGCAAAUACUUUGUGCUUGACAGGAUCUGGACUUCAUCCGCAUUGGUUGUGCAAAUCAAUAAUCAUAGUCCAACGGGGAAGUUUGUCUGCCAUAUCAGUAAGGUUUAUGGGACUAAUAAAACAAGAACAGAGCUGUGAAUCAACUUUAUUUUAAAAGAACGAGCAGCAUGUGGCACAACGUGCACAACAUUUAGCGCAUAAUGUACUUUAAUGUUAAACUCAAAUAAAGAAUCUUUUCCAGUUACAUGAA